AUGACCGAACAAGUGAAAAAGGGCAAACCUGCAGCACAAAUCGAGGAAUCAGUGCAACGUUUAACGUAUCGCCAUUUUCUCAUGCCAUUGAUAAUCAUAUUGAUGAUUUAUGGGAAUGUCGUGCUGGGUACUGCUGAGACGCAGUAUGGAUAUUAUGCUGUUCAACGACAAAAAAAUAUCACCAGUGUUGUUUCGGCAUCCCGCCAAUCAUUAUGUGAAGCCAAUACUUCAUCUAUCCGUUUCAAACAGCAACAAGAAGUACAAUCAGAAACUGCAAACUGGAGUGCAUACUGUCAUUUGGCACAAAGUAUUCCAGUGCUUUUAAUGUCUUUAUUGGUUGGAUCAUGGAGUGACAAAAUUGGACGCAGAACAGCGUUACUUGUUCCUACGAUUGGUCUAAUAUUUAAAGCUGGUUUCUUUGCAUUAGCAAUAAAACUAGAGUGGAAUAUUUACACACUUAUCAUUGCUUAUUUUGUAGACGGAUUAAGUGGUAUGUGGAUAAGUUUAUUAGCAGCUUCUUAUUCUUUUGCUGCAGAUUUAACUAAAUAUGGGAAAAGUAGACUAUUUGGAAUCGUCCUUAUUGAAAUAAUACUCGGCAUUGGUGUAACCAUAGGCGCUUUGAGCUCGGGUUACGUGAUUAAGUAUUUGGGAUUUUUAUAUGGAUCGGUAUUAGUUGUUGGUGUGGCCUGCCUACUUGUUCUUCUUAUCAUAUUUCUCCCAGAAAGCGUACAGACUACGGAAAAAUUAACAAGUAUUUCCCAGCUGGAAUAUUUGAAAAAUGCAAUAUCAAUUUAUACUGAAAAGGAUCCGUUGAGAUACAAAUAUAUUAUAUUGGCAGUUGUUUUUGCCCUUAAUGUAUUGCCAAGUAUUGGAAGAGUUAACGUUCAAUCUUUAUAUGUAAUGAACUCUCCGUUUUGUUGGAAUGCUGUAUUUAUUGGACUGUUUGGGGCUUUAAGAAGUUUUGCUCAGACGAUUGUUGGCGUAGGUCUUUCCCGUCUUCUGUAUAAAUGGAUGUCGAAGAGAGCUAUGAUUAUUCUUGGAUCCAUAUCUGCAAUUCUUUAUUACUUGAUAACAGCAGUUGCUAUCAAUGACGUUAUGCUAUUCAUCAGUCCGGUAGUUGGCCUUUUUGGCACUUAUCCAAUUACAAUAAUACGGGCAAUGAUGUCCCAGCUAACCCCAAAAGAUAAACAAGGUGCAAUGUUUGGAAGUCUGGGUGCAAUUGAUGCGGUGUGUUCUUUGAUUGGAUCUGUGGCCUCAAACGUACUGUAUGGUGCAACGGUUUCAAUAAAUGCUUGGCUUAUAUGGGCUGUUUUUGGCGGCUUCCAUGUUGCUGGCUUAGUAUUAUUUGGGUAA